UCGUGUGUCCUGACAACCGCGCCAUCUACAGAAAUAAAAUGAAUAAAUUUGGUAACACCCGAUACCACUUCUGGUUCACGCUCCGUACGAUUAACAUCUUGGCCAGACUAGACUAGAAACAUGGCAGAUCUCAGCGCCAAGGAAGUCGAAAAGGCAGAAUUCGCCUUCUCCAUUUAUGAUGCCGAUGGCACCAACGUCAUCGACGCCAUUGACCUUGGUAACGUCCUUCGUGCCUUGAAUCUGAAUCCUACAAACGCCACUAUCGAGAAACUUGGAGGAACGAAAAAGAAGGGUGAAAAAUUGAUGAAGCUCGACGAAUUUUUACCAAUCUACAGCCAGUGCAAAAAGGACAAGGAUCAGGGGUGCUACGAGGACUUUGUGGAGUGUUUGAAAUUAUACGACAAACAGGAGAAUGGAACUAUGCUUGGCGCUGAAUUGUCACAUACACUGCUUGCACUUGGUGAAAAACUGUCCGACGCAGAGGUAGAAGAAGUACUGAAGGAUUGUAUGGACCCAGAAGACGAGGAUGGUUUUAUCCCCUAUACCCCGUUCUUGAAGAAGAUGAUGGUGCUAUUGUAAGCAAACAGGAUGUCAAUGUCACAAAGAUCAUCCUUCCAUUCCUUCGUAGAUUAUGCGAUAGAGAAGAGGACUAGUGAAGCAACAACACUUCAAUCAUAACGUUGGUACUCGCCCAUCGGCAGUCUCCAUCUCAAGAAGGGACAUGUUCACCCAUCAUACUCAUCAUAAUUGUUUAUCCCCUAUUAAAAAUAUCUCGUGGCGUGUCUAAGCGCCAUUUCUCAUAUAUUUCGCGCAAAACGAAGUCAAAUAAUUAAUUUAAAAAACGUUUUGUCGCAAUGUUUUGUAAAAUUCUAAUUCCUUCAACAGAAAAAUAAAUAUAAUUAGGAAUAUGAUGCGAAACAUUAAUCAAAAGACGUACAAAGUUAAUUAAUUGUUUUAUUCAAUUGAAUAAAUAUAUAUAUAUAUAAUAUAUAUAAUAUUGUUGUAAUAUAUAUGUAUUUAUAAUAAAAUACGAUAUAUGAUAUUUUAAUACAUGUAUGGCAAAUCUAGGAUACCGAGUAUGAAGAAAUAUUAUAUUGAUAUUAUUUUAUUUCUUGUCGGUUGAUUUAAUAAAUUAUGUCCUUUGUACAAUCUUCAGAGAGGAAUUUGAAAUAUUAUUACUUGCCGAUCUGUAACACAUCUACGUCAUAUGUUUCGACCUGCUUCAAAUGUUGGGAUGAUGUUAUUAACUAAAUAAUGUAAAUAAAAUCAUAGAAACGUUUUGUACAAA